GAGAAGGCUCGGAAAGCCCUCACAGAGCUGCAGAGAGACCUGGAGAUGAAGACCCAGCAGCUGAAGAUCAAGCUGAGCAACAAGACAGAGGAGGACAUCAAGAAGGCACGGAGAAAGUCCACACAGGCUGGUGAUGACCUCAUGCGUUGUGUGGACCUCUACAACCAGGCGCAGUCCAAGUGGUUUGAAGAGAUGGUGACCACCACUUUGGAGCUGGAGCGGCUGGAGGUGGAGAGGGUGGAGAUGAUCUGGCAACAUCUGUGUCAGUACACACAGUUGCAGCAUGAGACAGACAUGUUCAACCAAAGCACAGUCGAGCCUGUGGACCAACUGCUUCGAAAAUGGACCCGGCCAAAGACAGAGAGCUGUGGGUCAGAGAGCACAAAAAGGGCAACAUUCGCCCCGUGUACAUGGAGAUCUAGACAUGCCUGUGCGGCCCCGGGGGUCCUGCCCAGGAGAGGGGCUGGGGGUCCCGUGGAGAGGGGGUGGUGGCUCCCGCUGGGUGAAGCUGCCCUCCCACCCACUCUCCUGUCCACUGAGGAGAGAGGAGAGAGCUGGCAAUUCCAGAAAGGGUGAUCUGGAUGGUUCAGCUGGGGAAUCCCAAAUAUUCCCAGGCCAAGAAGACAGACCUGCAACCCUGCCCUUGUCUCCAAGACUGAAGCCCCCCCAAACCCCGUGCCGUGCUGGCUGCUCUGAGAACAAACUGAGGCAGGAACUUUGUGGUCCCUGCUGAGUUCCAUAGGGGUGGCCAUCAAACACUUGUGCCCUUGGAUGCUCCAAAGUCCAUCCUCCAGCUGGUCCCUUUAUCUCCGGGGCUUUGGAAGAUCAGGGAAGGGCUGUCUCUGCCUCCAAGCCAAUGAAUGUCAGGAUCAGAAUCAUGGAUAGAAGGCGCCGUCAGCUCAGCCUGCACCUAGAAUCCUUUAUGGCCUCUCUCUAUUUUUCUCAUUGCGUUCUGGGAGCCCAAAUCUGGCUUUUCUUGGCCACUUUUCAUCCCCGUGGAUCUUGGGAAGGCCUGUUUUCUGUCUUCCCUGACCAACCCUGCCCAGAGAGGUCAGGAUGGAACUACCUCAUUCGGCAAAUUAGCCCCAAGUCAGAGCAUUGAUUCACGGUUCCUAUCAGACCAGGCAUCAUCUCUAAAGUCUCUGGAAAAUCCCGAUCCCUCCAUUCCUUAGCUGUUUUCUCAAGGCAGUCCCCACUCCCACCCUGCCACCCCUGCCCAGCCUCACUAGAGGGAGCUUUCCAAAGUUCUCCUCCAGGGAGACCUCCUUCAGCUUUGUGCAUGUCCAAAAGCUUUGAGAGAUGGAGAUGAACCAGAAACCACAUGGGGUCUGUCUCCCAUGGUGUCCUGUCCAAUACUGGGCUACCCUGACCCCCGCUCUCCCAGGCUGCCCACCAAAGGCUUGAUAGAGCUAGGUCAGUCCCACAUGGGAGACAGGUUAGGGCAAGUCUUUGUCAACUCCAUCUGCUUAUGCAUGAUAGGGUUUGGACUGCUGUUCCUUGUAUGGGCAUUGCAGACUCUCUCUCAUUUACUAUCCAGGUGUGUCCUGCCACCUGGGCCUCCAGCUCCUCUGAACUUUCCAGAGCCCUGCACCGAGCCCUCGCUUGGUGUCAGCACCUUCUUUCCCUCUGUCCAUCUUCCCUGUAGAAGCCUGA